AAAGCAAGACGCGAUCACUUCGCCGCCAAGAAGGUGAACCCAGCCCAGCCCCACCCCGGGCCAGACUCUGGCCCACGGGCGUCCUGCACAGGGGGCAACCGGGACCUUUCGGGGGCUGUGACAGGCCCACACCCGCUGCCGGAGCCCCGCUCGGCCGCUCCCCCGGCGGAAGCCGAGCCCCGUGCCCCGGCACAGUUCCGCCCCGCCCGGGGACGGGUGUUGGCGUCGCACCGGAAGCGGCGGCGGAGCCUCCAUGGGGGCUGCGGGCGGGCGGGCCGGGUUCUCCGUGGGGCUGGGGCUGGCCCUGGCCUCCAGCGCCUUCAUCGGCAGCAGCUUCAUUCUGAAGAAGAAGGGGCUGCUCCGGCUGUGCCGCCGCGGCCGCGUCAGGGGCAAGGAGGUCACGCGUACCUGCGCGAAUGGCUUUGGUGGGCAGGGCUGCUGUGCAUGGGAGUUGGAGAAGCUGCAAAUUUUGCUGCCUAUGCCUUUGCCCCUGCAACGCUGGUGACUCCACUGGGUGCUCUAAGUGUCCUUGUUAGUGCAGUUCUGUCUUCCAUCUUCCUGAAUGAGCAGCUGAAUGUUCAUGGAAAGAUUGGCUGCAUCCUCAGUGUCCUGGGUUCCACGGUGAUGGUGAUCCAUGCUCCGCAGGAAGAAGAGGUUUCCAGCCUGGAGUCAAUGGCAGAGAAGCUCAAAGAUCCAGGAUUCAUUGUAUUUGCUGUGUGUAUCCUGGUGAGCUCCCUUCUACUUAUCUUUGUGGCUGGACCACGUUACGGACAGAGCAACGUCUUGGUUUAUGUUUUGGUCUGCUCUGCCAUCGGCUCACUUUCAGUGUCCUGUGUCAAAGGCUUGGGGAUUGCCCUGAAAGAACUGUUUUCUGGGAAGCCAGUCCUGAAAGAACCACUGGGCUGGGUGCUCCUCGUGUGCCUGGUGAUCUGCAUCAGCGUCCAGAUCAACUACCUGAACAAAGCCUUGGACAUCUUCAACACAUCUGUGGUCACACCCAUAUACUACGUGCUGUUCACCACAGCAGUCAUGAUGUGCUCUGCCAUCCUCUUCAAGGAGUGGCAGCACAUGGUGCUGGACAACAUCAUUGGCACCAUCAGCGGCUUCCUCACCAUCGUGUCCGGCAUCUUCCUCCUGCACGCCUUCAGGGACAUGCCCUUCACCCCCGACCUCCUGCCCCUCUUCCUGCAGCAAGGCAGGGCAGAGCUGCAGGCCACGUGGAGGAGUGCAGACAGACACCAGUCAUGUCAGCACCAGCCUCUUCUGUCCUCAGAGGACAAAGGUUCUCAGAGCACAGAGGAGGAAGAGGAGGAAGGUGGGAGCAUGUGAGGAAGCCUCUGAACUGCAAGCUGUCUGCUCCCACUGCUGAGCAGCCUCACUGCAAGGCUGAACAUGCUGCCUCAGCUGCUGCCAGCUACUGCUGCGCUAGCAGGAGUUGGCAGUUACUCUCUACCUGCCCCAGGCAGGAGAUAUGUGACCUGUCACUGCCGGGAGGCUGACAGGGACAGCAGCCUCCUGCGGCUACAGACAGGAGCCCUGGGAACUGCCCAGUUCCUGGGAUCUGGUGCCUCUUCACUGUUCUCUUACAUGAAGAAUUGAUCAGCCUUCGUCAGGACACAGGCGCUGGCUGUGUGGAGGCCUGCAGCGCUAACAUGGUGCUAACCUUACUGAAUGUGAAGACCAGCCAUUCGGGCAGGCCUUACGGCAUUUUUUUAAAACUAUACAUAGAAGACUAACAGUUUCAAAAUAAUCUAAUGUGGUGCUAAGGUUACAUAGAGAGAAGAUGGAUGUCCGGCUUUAAAGGUGACAUACUCGAAAUAUUAAUUCAAAAAUUCCUGUCAAGUACUUGUUUUCCUCACUCUGCUAGAAUUUAUUUACAGAUGCACAUCCAAGAACAGAAUACAAUGAAAACUGGAAAACCAGUGGUGCUGCCACGCUUCCAUGGCCCUUACAGAGGGACUGACCUCUUCAUGCAAUGUCUGCUGUGCAGGUUGAUGAAGCACCUAUUAAAAACCGAUUUGUUGCGUUACCGAGUGGCUAAUGAUACAUCUGUACCGAGAGCUGGGUCAGCACUGAGAGGCGUGAAGGAUUACAGGGGCAGGAAGAACCAUGCGGAUACUCGAGGGAAGCUCAAGAUAGGGACAGGAGAGGGAAUUGCUUCCUCUGUAAACAGGGGUGGCCUAGGAGUCCUUAGCUAUCAAGGUAAGUUUCUGAAAGGUAACUAGACAGCUGUGUCCUCCUUGCCCUUAUCUCAACCCAUGUUGUAUUUUCUCUACUCUGUCCAGCUGAGGAGGAAAGUGGUAAAACAUCUUUGGUGGGCACCUGGUGUCUAGCCAGGGUCAACCCAUUAUAACAACACAGAUGCAAGGGUUGAAUACAUGUAUAUCUUUAAUAAAGAGUUAAAUCAUUUUA